AUGCCAUUACAUCUUUUAAGUUCAAUAAUUGAAUUAUAUGAGAAUGACAAUGAAUGUAGUCCUGAAAUUCUUGAAGGUUUGAAACAGUUUAUUUCUACAAUGAAAGACUAUUUAAACCUUAUACCUGCAUUUGAAAAAAACAUAAAAGAAUCAGAAAUAACGUUGCAUUUAUAUGUGUCUUUUACACUACCUAAUAAAGAUCAAGUAAGGGCUACGAAAAAUUACCAUAAUGCACCAAUGUUUAGUGACAUUGCUGUUUAUAUGGAUUCUGAACAAGAAAUUAAAACAUUUAGUGGAUAUUGCUUCGCAAAAGUUUUAUUGUUAGUUUGUAUAGAAUUAGAAAAUACUACUACAUUGAAUCUUGCACUUAUUCGUUGA